GCUGCUGCUCGACGGCGCCCAGCGCGACGUAGUACACGUCCGUCGAUCGCCGCUAUCGAUCUGUCCGGCGGCAUCUCGCAGGCAUCGCGAGGCGAACGCUCGAUUCCAAGAUGUUACCCUUGAUACUGGCGGCGUGCCUCCUGGCCGUAACGCAGGCCGGGUGUCCCAUGAGGCCGACGGUGGAGCAAACCUCCGCCCCGAGGACACCGGGCGACGGCGGCUACAGGAUCCUCAUGAGCGGACAGGCGAACGGAUACAUUCCCAACGCGGUCUACACGAUUAGCCUGCAAGGCUCGCGAACGCACGAGAGGCUGCAACAGUUCACGCGGUUCACGCUGACGGUGCAUUCCCAGCACGCGCCGAACAAUCCCGCGGCGCGUAUCGGUUACUUCCAGUUGUUCCCGGACUCCUUGACCGGCUUCAACGAGGACUGCAUCAACACCAUCUCCGAGGCCACCGAUUUCCCGAAGUCGGAGGUCCAGGUGAUGUGGCGGGCGCCGCCCACCGGUGCCGGAUGCGUUAUCUUCACCGCGAUGAUUCUGGAGAACAACGUGCGAUGGUACGCGGAGGACGGCGCGCUCUCCAAGACCGUCUGCGAGUCCACGAACCCCGACGCCGAGAGUCUGAACGAGAGGGGGUGCUGCGCUUGCGACGAGGCGAAAUACUCGCUAACUAUGGAGGGCAUCUGGUCGAAUAGAACUCAUCCGAAAGACUUCCCCUUUUCCGCUUGGCUGACCCACUUCAGCGACGUUAUCGGCGCCUCUCACGAGCCGAAUUUCUCCUUCUGGGGCAGAGAUCACGUUGCCACAGAUGGUUUCCGACAACUGGCUGAGUGGGGUUCCGCGACGGGCGUCGAAGCGGAGCUCAGAGCGAAAGCCAGCCAACUGAAAACCCUUAUCAAAGCUACCGGUCUCUGGUAUCCCAAUGUCAACACCAACACGACGACGAAUUUUAGGGUAGACCGCGGACAUCCUCUGCUCUCGUUGUCGUCCAUGCUGGGUCCGUCUCCUGACUGGGUGGUGGGUGUGAGCAAAUUGAAUCUCUGUCAGAGCGACUGCACCUGGGCGAGGAGUAUGAUAAUCGACCUGUAUCCUUGGGACGCCGGCACCGACAACGGCAUCACUUACAUGUCGCCGAAUUCCGAGACGAGGCCGCGCGAGAAGAUGAAGCCGAUCACGACUUCCUACCCGGAGGACCCGCGUUCCCCGUUUUACGACCCGAGCGGCAGGCCCAUGCUGCCGUUGGCAAGGCUGUACAUCAACCGGGAGAAGAUCAUACCGCGCGGAUGCAGCGAGGAGCUUCUGCAGCAGCAAGUAACCGAGCUGGAAGUGGCCGAAAACACGGAGGACACGUCGAGACCGGAAUGCCAGACGACGGAGUACACGGAGUGGUCGUCCUGCUCGGUGAGCUGCGGUAAGGGUUUAAGGAUGCGCACGAGGUCAUACAGAAUGCCCGAUAAAGCCAUCAUGUUCCAUUGCAACAGGCAGCUGGUCUCGAAGGAGAUGUGCGUCGCGUCUAUAGCGGAAUGCUCGGGUGAGGAGGAAAGCGAGGACGUAACGUCGUUAGGGAACAAUGACCCUCUCUGCGAGACCACCGAUUGGAGCGAGUGGUCGGAGUGUUCCAACACGUGCGGCGUCGGUCUGAAGAUGCGAACGAGGAGAUUCCGUGAUCGUCGAGGCCGCAAACGUUGUCCGCUCGUGUCGCUCGUCGAGAAGGAGAAAUGCAUGGAGCCACCUUGCCAGCCGGGAACGGAAGAGCAGAUUGAUCCGCUUUGCAAGGUGACGGACUGGUCCGAUUGGUCACCAUGCAGUGCUACAUGUGGCAAAGGUGUGAAAUUACGGACCAGGUUGCUGAUGGUUGAGCCGUCACAGCAGGAGGAAUGUUCCGCGCGCGUGGAGCUACUUCAGCAACGACCGUGUCUGGUCCAGUCGGAUUGCACAUUCGACAUGGCCACGGCGAAAGUUGUCUGCAUGGAGGAGGCGGACAUCGGGCCGUGCAGAGGUUACUUCCAGAGGUGGGCUUUCAAUCCGCAGAAAUUGAUGUGCCUGCCGUUCGCGUACGGCGGAUGCCGCGGCAAUCGGAAUAAUUUCCUCACGUCGGACGAGUGCAACAACACCUGUGGCAUAGUGCGAGCCGCUCUCACCGGCCAGCCUUUCAACGAGACCGUGAUCCAAAGUCAGCUACCUACCGAACCGUUUAAUCCUCCUCCGGUGGACUGCGUGAUGACUCGUUGGUCAAGCUGGACACCCUGCACUGUCACUUGCGGCGUCGGUAGUGUACUGAGCUACCGUACUGUCAAGCAACAACCCGAGAACGGAGGUCGUCCUUGCCCGAAGAGGUUUACUCGUCGUUACCGGUGCGAGCUCGCUCCGUGCGAUAGUUAAAAGGCAACGAUAUCACAAGCCCGUAAUGAGUGCGAGUUACAGUUAGGAUAUACGUAGAAUACACACAGAGAGCGAACGUCGCUUUCUGAUGAUGCGUUCGCAUAUCGAUAAAAAUGAAUCUCUACAAAAAUAAGUUCUCCUGGGACGCGCAUGACUUAAGUCGCACACGCGAGUGCGCAAAGUGGAUCAUCGCCACCUUCUGCUUGCAAAUUGAGCAUUUACGGCUCACCUUAAUCACCUUCGCCUUGUAAUUUUCCAUGAGAUCGUUUCUUUGCGGCGACGAAAGUCACAACAGAGGAACGAAGCAGUUUUAAUCAGUGAAAUCGAUCGAAGAAAUGCUUAACUGUCAAGUAUCGAAACAGGGAGGCGCUACAAUUCAAUAAACAUGAGACGAUUUAUGCCACAAAAUUGAUCCACGUCGAACGUUACGGGAUAAAUAUUAAUCGAUGCUUUUAUUGACUAUCGGUGUACAUUACUGCCGGUCGUUCACUGCCGAUAUUGCUUGUCUCUUAUUUUCUCUUUUCCCCCUUUUUUUUUAUUCAAUCAAUUUGAGCGACGAACGUCACACGUCGCGUCCUAUCCUCGGUAGAAAAUAAGCUGGGUACGGAAUUAAGCGGAUGUAUCAGAAUAAAUGAUAUUUUAUUAAUGGUCA